CGGCGGCGGCGGCUGCUCGGUCUCCGGCGCGGAGCGGUUCGGCCGGACGCGACGGGGCGGGCGCCCGGGAACCUGGCGCCGAACCUCCCGCCCGGCGCGCCGAGCAGGCGAGGGACCUCCGACCAGGGUCAGGGGCCGCGGCGGCUCGGGUGAGAGUGGGCAAGUGCAUGAAUGUUCCUCCUCUGCCUUACGAUUUUCUGUACAGCACAGAGGAAAAAGCACUGGAUCAGCAUUCAGAAGUUUUCCAGUUCACACUCUUGUCCCUCCACAGAACUGGCCGUACGAUCUCAGAGCCCACUUCCUUGGCCGCAGGCCGCCCAUCGACCUCUGGGAAGAUGAGUGGCUGCGGGAGGAAGGCCCUGACCCUGCUGAGCAGCGUCUUUGCUGUCUGUGGCCUGGGUCUCCUGGGCAUCGCAGUCAGCACCGACUACUGGCUCUACCUGGAGGAGGGUGUGGUCCUGCCCCAGAACCAGAGCAUGGAAAUCAAGAUGUCCCUGCACUCGGGCCUGUGGCGUGUCUGCUUCCUCGCAGGUGAGGAGCGGGGACGCUGCUUCACCAUAGAGUAUGUGAUGCCCAUGAACACUCAGUUGACAUCAGAGUCCACAGUCAAUGUUCUAAAAAUGAUUCGCUCAGCCACACCGUUCCCCCUGGUCAGCCUCUUCUUCAUGUUCAUUGGGUUUAUCCUGAGCAACAUCGGACACAUCCGUCCCCACAGGACAAUACUGGCCUUUGUCUCUGGCAUCUUUUUUAUUCUCUCAGGCCUCUCUCUGGUGGUGGGCCUCGUGCUCUACAUCUCCGGCAUCAACGAUGAGAUGCUCAACAGGACCAAGGACACAGAGACCUAUUUCAACUAUAAGUACGGGUGGUCCUUCGCCUUCGCUGCCAUCUCGUUCCUUUUGACGGAGAGCGCGGGGGUGAUGUCCGUGUACCUGUUCAUGAAGCGGUACACCGCCGAGGACUUGUACAGGCCCCACCCCGGCUUCUACCGGCCUCGCCUGAGCAACUGCUCGGAUUACUCAGGCCAGUUCCUACACCCGGACGCCUGGGUCCGGGGCCGCAGCCCCUCCGACAUCUCCAGUGACGCCUCCCUGCAGAUGAACAGCAACUACCCAGCGUUGCUCAAGUGCCCCGACUAUGACCAGAUGUCAUCUUCCCCCUGCUGAGCCUCACCACCUUCCUCCCUGGACUGUGGACAGCCAGAUAGCCCUUCCCGUGCUCCCCUGAUGGCCUGUGAGCCCCAGGCCCUUGGUUGCCAGGCCCAGGCUGUCCUCGCGCUUCGCUGUUGUCACUUGACCCACGUUGUCUCCACAGCUUCCCCCAGAGUAGCUCUAACUGCCCCAGGGUGGGUGUCGGGGAGUCUGGAGCCAGCGGGCAAGCUGAUUGGCUGAGAGCAUGGGUGUGGCCCCGCCUCUUGAGUGCCAAUCACUGGCUGUUCCUGCUGCGUAUUUGUCCCUACACACCCAACUUCAUGGCCCUAGGCCGAGUUCCUUACACAGACCCAACUGGGGGCCUACCAACUAGCCUGGCCCUCCUGCUCAUGAUCUGGGCCAUCAGGCCAAAAAGGUGACUCUCCUAUGGAGGUCUGGCUGGUUCAGCAUUGCCAAGCAGUGUUCCUUGUGAAAUCCUUUAUCCUUGUUGGUUACCCACACCAGUCCCUACAGCACACCUUCCUGGGCUCUCCCCUCCCUCCCCUCUGCCCCAUAAGCUGUGAAUCUUCCCUCCUCUCUUCCCACCAGGACUCAGCUGCCCGGGCCUUGGUCCCUAAGGGGUCCAGAGUGGGUCUGAGACCACACUGAUGAAGUCACAAAGAGGUGUUAAUGGCUGAUGAUGUCUUAAUAUGUAUGGCCCCUAUAACAUAUUCAACAGGGGUCUUUAAUGCCUUAACCCAAGAAGUGACUCUCACAAGGAGAAUUUCAGAUUUUGGCUGGUCCGAGUUAGUAUUAUCAGGCACUGUUUCAGGCCCGGGGGAUACUAUCCCUGCUCACAUGGGCAGUAUUUCCUGUCCAAGGCCCUAAAAUCUAACCAUGUAGAUACACGUCUAUGCCACCUAAGUAGAAGGCAGCUUUCAAAGAGGCUGCCUGGGUGUGGAGCUGGAUUUGCCAACACUUGGUGCAUUUUGAGUCAAAACAAGCCAGCCUUAGAAUAAUCUGGAUGCCCGUGAAUAUAUGGGGGUUGUCAUUUAAUCCUAAUACAGGGCAGUAUCUGCUUCCUGGACUGGGGACAUAUGCAGGCAGCCAGAUGCUUCCAGAAGAUGAGGCAGGGUGAUGCCCAUUUUCCUAGUAGCAAACCUGAGCUGGGAGGUACCAAGCACCUUCCAUGAAGUCCACAGGAUCGGUGGAAGGGCCACUGCUGGACGUGACCCCCCCAGUUCUCCAGGCAAGCUCUCAGUGUAUGCAUUUCCGGUUAUGAGAUUGUGAGUAGCAAAACAAGGCCGGGCUCUCCGCUGUGUGUUUCUGCCAUGCCAGCUUUUCUCUCUUGUUCUCGCUCUCUAAGAUAGCGUUAGGUUCCAGGGUCACAGAGCCACCGCGGGCAACACUUGGGCUCUGGAAAGCUCUACAGAAGACCACACAUCCACGUGUACGGACUUGGACGAGACAGUCUCCUAGUUUGCUAGAGCUGCCAUAACAAAAUGCUCUAACAAGAGACAUUUCUUUCCUCACGGUUCCGGAGACCAGAAGUCAGAGAUCAAGAUGGCCGCCGAUUGGCUUUCUUCCAAGGCCUCUCCUUGGCUUGCAGAUGGCGUGUCCUCACAGGGUCUUUUCCGUGCUUGUGUGCAUGCCCUGGGGUCCACGUUCCCUCUCACCAGGAAACCAGUCAGAGCAGAUUAGAGCCCAUCCUCAGAGCCUCAUUCAUCCCUGUUUAAAGGCCCUGUCACAUUCUGAGGUUCUGCAGGUGAGGGCCUCAACAUAGGACUUUGGGAGGGAGGUGCACGCAGUUCAGCAGGUACAGGUGGGUCACUUCAUAGCUGGGUUAUUCCACGUGCUUCACAGCACAGUAGAGGGGAAGAUGAGAGAAGCCGAUUGUGGUCCCAGUUUAGCCAUCACCUGAAAGCAUGGAUCCUUGGGCAACCCCAUCUGCUCUGAGGGGCUUGGCCCAAAUUAUCCCCAAGCCACUCCCUCCCACACACCCGCCCCCAACUCUAGUGAUUCAGCCUUGUGUACAAAGCUCCAGGUUGUCAUCAAAUGUGACUUUUCAAUCCUUGCCUCGAAACUGAUAGCGACCAUAAACCCAACCCAACGUCCCAGGCCAUUGGCACCUUAAAACGACUGCCGUACUCUGGUUACUCUUCACAGAAUAAAACGGAAACCACGUUCUCCUCCAUAGCAAAGGAAUCGGUUAGUGUACGUGCAGACUCACUAGGCGGCAUUUCCAAACUGGACGGUUGUUUAGAUGUGCUUUUCUCCUGUUUUGGUCAAUGUAAUUACCCUCCCAAAAUGCACUUUUCUGUCCCUUAAGCUCCCUUUCUCUGUCACUAUGCCAGGCUUGUGUGUGUGUACAAGGAAAAAAUAGAACCCACUCCUAAACAUGAGCUGAUUGUUGACUGUGACAUCAUUAGGAUGAGCCUUUAUUGGCCUGGAGGCUGGGCUGCUAAGUCAAGCACCUCGUGCCUUGGGAGGGUGCAGUUUAUGCUUAAGUCAUUAUCUUCCCUCAUGAGAGACAGGGGAUAGAUCAAUCGUUGCACAACUGUUACAGUUCCCUUUCCGUCUAUCCAUUAAUCUCAGAACUGGGGGCCUAUUUGCAGCCUCUCUCCACAAUCAAAUGUUUUAAUCAAAUAUUAAAGUGCAUAAACUCAGAAAAUAUAAUUAGGGUCCUUUCCCAAUGCACUUGAUGAUCCUUCGUUUCUUCAAGCACUUGAAGAAAACACCUUGAGAUUUUUUUUUCUCACCUUCAAAAACUUGGAGAGGGAGGGAGGGUAAUAAACUGAAAUCUGAUAAAUACUGGACUAGAAAAGCACUCAGGGUUACCAGUGGUUGGACAAGAAUAAUUCCGAAACUGCUGGUUCCCUCCCACGUGGAACUCACCAGCCUCCUCCUUACCCCAGGGGGGACUCAAUGACACCCCCUGCCCCACCAGAUGGCUUUCAAAGGUCUGUUUUCAGGGCUGUGGACUGAGUUGAUGGGGGCAUUGGGGACAAAUCCAUAAGAGCCACCAGCUUCUCAGUGAUGGGUCAGGGGAGCCCCUCCUUAACAUUUGGGUAAUUCUCCUUUCUCCCUGAAUAAAAGUGGUGUAUUAGGGUUCUCCAGAGAUAUACAAUGGGAUGUACAUAGGGACAUUUAUUUCAAAGAAUUGGCUCCCAUGGUGGUGGAGGCUUAGCAAAUCCAAAAUCAGAUGGAGGAGACCAGCAGGCUGCAGACUCAAGGGAAAGUUGCAGUUUGAGUCUGAAGGCCCGCCUGCUGGUGUAUUUCCUUCUUGCUCGGGGUAGGUCAGUCUUUGUUCUAUUUAGGCCUUCAACCGAUUGAACGAGGCUCAGCACGUUAUAAAGAGUAAUCUGCAUUACUCAGAGUCCACUGAUUUAAAUGUCAAUCUCAUCCAAAGCACACCUUCACAGAAACUGCCAGAAUAAUAUGUGGGCACCAUGGCCCAGCCAAGCUGACACAGUAAAUUAAACAUCACAAGUGGAUGAAGGGCAGAGGAGAGCGGGAGAAAUGGCAUUCCAUCUUAAGAAUUGCAGGAUAGGUUGGGGGCGUGGGGGGAGUCAGCCCAGCCAGGCCCCGCCGUGCACAGCCAGGCCCCGGGCUCUGCUCCUUUGCAGACUGCCCCUCCAACUGAGCCCAUCUUCCUGAUGAGUGCAUGGAGUUUGUUUGUGCUCUCCCCAGUCUUGACUGGUAUCCCACACUCAGGCAGUACAUGCUCACAUGCGAAUACAACCCAUGAGAGGUUUAUUAACCUCUGGAACACAAACGCUUCACUUGGUGAGUGGAUACAGGUAAAAGACUGGAUUCCACUGAAUGUGCCAGACAUGCCAGGACCCACCGUGCACUGCAAGUGUGAGCUCGGCCCUGACAGCAAGGCUCGGUGGCUGCCAUGUGCAGAGCAGACACUUUCCACAGGGGUGGAGGGUGGUGAGCCAGAGCUGGGCCAUAGCCCCUCAGGACCCAGGAUGGACACUGGGGGCCUCGGGCCCUUCCUCUUGGCAGAACUAUGGUCUCUGGAUUCCCACCUACAACUGCACUGGGAUCCUAGACCUCUGCUCUGUGACCUUGGACAGGUCACACUCUCCCAGGACCUGCCUUGGCUUUCUCGUGUGUACUAAAGCUUAAUCUCCCCGUCCACUUCUGAGCCAAAGUUUUCUGCCUAGGGAGACUGUCCUUGAGUAUUUGUACACAGUGAGCCCCUCUGCUCUGCUGGUCCCAGGGAGGCAGUGGGCCUGAGCUCCCUGCUGGGCACUGCUCCACCUUCUGUGGGUGGUCAGCAGCCUCGGGACCUACUUUUUUCAUUCAUAUAACGAGGGGGUUGGAAAAAAUCAUCUUCAGGCUCUGUCUCCAGCUCAAAAGAUUCUAAGUUUUAUAGGCAAAACUCAGCCGAGCUCAAAUGAUGGACCCCCAGCUUCUGCCCCCUGCCAGGGGCACCCAGAUGACACCCAAAGAAUGCAGAAUUUAUAUAAGAGAGCAGAUGUUUGGGGGCCCCAAAGAAGAACAAGAUUGUGUAUAAUGGAGCGCACAUGGCAGGCCCCAGAGUAGCAGGAGGAGGAGGGGACGGAGGUCUCGAAGACAGAACUCAGCUGCCCCCUUCCUUUCUCUCAGCCAGAGGGAGAGAGAUUGGAUUCUCUCAAUCCAACAUCUGCUUCCCUGGACAGCACUGUGGCAGGUGAGGCCCUGUUGAGCCAACUCUAGAGGUUCAAGAGAAGGUUCAAGGUCAAGAGGCACCACUUUCAUGCAAAAGGAAAGGCAAGAAAGACCAUUCCCUGCUGAAAGGUGUCCGAAAUGUGACUGUGUC